AUGACUCCAGACAAACUUCAAGCCCAUUCAUGGUCAUACGAGAACCCCAGCACCUCAUGUCGAGGGUUCUAUCUUCUACGGGGGCUGCUGAUCAGACACUCUCACCUGCCUCAGGUGUAUGAAGCUCUGGCUGCUUUGCUAUUAGAGAAGACAACCCGUCACACUGUGGAUGGGAAGGUGCAUUUGGAUGAUACCCUACAGUCAAUGAUUGACAGUGAAGCAGAAGCUCCUGCUCAUCAGUUCUCUGUUGAAGCUGUCACAAUUUUGCUGGAGUUAGUCAAAAUUGUCAUUACUCAGCCUGUUACUCCAUUGAAGUGCACGCCAGGCACUGAUGCAUCCUGGGAGUUGCAGCUCCCAGCAAGUGUCAUGCAGUUUCUUUGUCUUCUCCAUAACCUUCGGCCAAGAGACCCACUGUGGGUAUCUCCAGAUUUCCUCCAUGCACUCGCUGGAACUGUUUACCCUCUGGACAGCUCAGCGAGUGUUGCUGAGCCUUCCCCAGUGAGGGACGAUCAGGACACAUUCAAAAGUUGUCAAACCAGGAAGCCAGUGUGCGACUUCAUUCGAAUACUGCUAAUGGACAGUCUCCUUAAUGUUUCUGCCAACACCAGCGCAUAUCCUCCUUUUCUGCUGCUGGAG